AUGGGAUCAACGAGCCAAGAUAAGAGGAAGAAAGUCACUAUGAAUACAAUUCGUUCUUUGUAUAAGAAAGGGGAACCAAUCACUGUCCUCACAGCCCAUGACUUCCCCAGCGCACAUGUUGCUGACGCUGCCGGAAUGGAAAUCAUCCUGGUGGGAGACAGUCUUGCUAUGGUAGCACUUGGUAUGGAAGAUACAAGUGAGGUCUUGGUGGAAGAAAUGCUACUUCAUUGUCGUUCAGUAGCUCGAGCCGCAAAGACAGCCUUCACUGUCGGAGAUCUUCCUAUGGGAUCCUAUGAGGUAUCUCCUGAGCAAGCAUUGGAAUCCGCAAUCAAAUUCAUCAAGACGGGCCGCAUGCAAGGCAUCAAACUUGAAGGCGGCCUGGAAAUGGCACCAACCAUCAAGAAGAUCACUGCCGCCGGCAUUCCGGUCCUUGGUCACAUCGGACUCACACCUCAACGUCAGAACUCCCUGGGCGGUUUCCGUGUUCAAGGCAAGACAUCGGCAGGUGCCAUGAAAGUCCUCGAGGACGCUUUAGCCAUCCAGGAAGCUGGCUGCUUCGCAACAGUGGUGGAGGCCGUCCCUCAAGAAGUCGUCGCUUUGAUAACAAAGAGACUUUCCAUACCAACGAUCGGCAUCGGUGCUGGAAACGGCUGCUCUGGCCAAGUGCUGGUACAGGUAGACAUGACCGGCAACUUCCCACCUGGUCGGUUCAUUCCGAAAUUCGUCAAGAAGUAUGGUGAUGUUUGGAGCGAAAGCUUGAAAGCCAUCGAGGCAUAUCGAGACGAGACGAAGAGCCGGUCAUACCCUGCACCAGAGCACACUUAUCCGAUAUCCAAGGAGGAGCUUGCCGAGUUUGAGCGUGUCUUGGAGACAAAAGCUGUUUGA